AUGUCUGUUGGAUCAACAACGUCACCAAUAAUGAUCGAUAAGAGAAUAGAAAACGACAGCAGGAAAUAUGAUUUCAUCUUGAUUACAUCCGUUUUGAAUUGUUAUUUGCAACAUCCACCACAUAAACCAUCAGAAACACCUAUGAGGGCAGCUGCUAGAGUUUCAAAUAGACCAUUAACACCAUCAUCACUUCCCCCUGCUCGUGUUCCAACUACUCCAUUCUCUAAUAAUACUAGUAGUAAUUCUGAUGAAUUACCGGCAUCAAUUGAUCUUAGGCCAGGAUUAUUAGCAAUUAUUCGUAAUGUUGGAGGUGUUCCAGGUACAAAUUUAAAAAAAGUUAGUAAACCUACUCGACAGUCAUCAAUUGUGGAAAAACCUAUUAGUCCAACAGGUGGUGAUUAUGAGCAUUAG